AAGAAGGCCGCGCGCUCCUCGCCGCCGCCCGCGCGCCGCGGAACUCUCGCGAGAGCGGCGGAGAGGCGGGGCCAGGCGGCCCAGGGCGAGAGGACACGGGCAAGAUGGCGGCGGCUGCGGCGACCCUGCGGCACCUGGCGCUGGGCGCCCGCCUCGCCCCGCACAGCAGCGGCGCCCGGGCCCGGCUCCAGCGGCUCCAGCAGCGCAGGGGCCUCCGCCUGUCCGCGCCCGCCGCCAUACAGGUGACGGUGCGGGACGCGCUGAACCAGGCGCUGGAUGAGGAGCUGGAGCGGGACGAGCGUGUCUUCCUGCUGGGCGAGGAGGUGGCACAGUACGAUGGCGCCUACAAGAUCUCCAGAGGUCUCUGGAAGAAGUACGGGGACAAAAGGGUGAUCGACACCCCGAUAUCCGAGAUGGGCUUUACAGGAAUCGCUGUCGGUGCUGCUAUGGCAGGGUUGAGACCAGUGUGUGAAUUCAUGACGUUCAACUUCUCGAUGCAAGCGAUCGAUCAGGUGAUCAACUCUGCCGCCAAGACCUGUUACAUGUCUGCCGGCUCCAUCCCCGUGCCCAUCGUGUUCCGCGGCCCCAACGGCGCCUCGGCGGGCGUGGCCGCCCAGCACUCGCAGUGCUUCGCUGCCUGGUACGGCCACUGCCCCGGCCUCAAGGUCGUCAGCCCCUGGAGCUCCGAGGAUGCCAAAGGGCUGCUGAAAGCAUCCAUCCGGGAUGAUAAUCCAGUUGUGGUGCUGGAAAGUGAAUUACUCUACGGUGUUCCCUUUGAAAUGUCUGAACAGGCACAGUCAAAGGAAUUUGUUAUUCCCAUUGGGAAAGCAAAAAUAGAAAAGCAAGGAACUCAUGUUACAUUAGUGGCACACUCAAGACCUGUUGGCCAUUGUUUGGAAGCAGCUGCUGUACUUUCUAAAGAAGGUGUAGAGUGUGAGGUCAUAAACCUGCGAACCAUUCGACCGAUGGACAUGGAGACGGUGGAAGCCAGCGUGGCCAAGACAAACCAUCUGGUCACUGUAGAAGGAGGUUGGCCCCAGUUUGGAGUAGGAGCUGAAAUCUGUGCCAGGAUCAUGGAAGGACCUGCCUUUAACUACCUGGAUGCUCCAGCUGUGCGUGUCACUGGUGCUGAUGUCCCCAUGCCUUAUGCAAAAAUCUUAGAGGAUAACAGCAUACCUCAAGUGAAGGAUAUAGUAUUUGCAGUGAAAAAAACUUUGAAUAUAUAAGUUGUAAAUAGAUGUUUUAAAAUCCUAAUCUACAAGGCAUUCUUGGUGUUGGGCAUGUUGUAUGCAUAAUUUCCGUUGUAUAAGCUCCAUAAUCUUUUGUACAGUGGGGAAAGUAUAGUGACCUCCCAAAAUAUUUAUAUGGGGUUACCCCCCCAAGCCACACUUUCUGUCUGCAACCAUGUGGUUAUGCUUGUUUGUUCAACAGUACAGCUGGGUCAGUGCUGCUGUUUGUGGAGAAACCCUGUUGUAAACUCAGCAUGAGGGAAAAAUCCUCUGGUUUUGCUUGGCUUGUAAGUACCAGAGGAGCUGUGUUGAACCUGCUGCAGCAGUGAUUGAGUGCAGAGCUGCAGAGAGCAGGAGCAGGCCUUGAAUGCUGUACAGCUGCAGGAGCCUGUGGUUGCAAGGCUCAUUAAAGAGCAAUGAUCAGGCUGAUCACUGAAGCCCAGCCCUCAGUGCAGCAGUUCACUGCAGCUCUGAGCAGAGGCUGUGGCAGCCUGGGGCUGGGUUAAGAGAUGGUGCUGUGUCUGCUUUGAAGAGCACUCUGCACAUGCAGAAAGGCUUCUGUACAAGAGCUCAAAUAAAGAUCCUGAACCUUUCCACUAUGUGAUGGGAAACAAUACCUAAUUUUUCCUUACUAGCUGCCACAUGAGAGUGAUUAAAAAAAUGCCCAGAUGCUUUGCUUUUACUAUUCAAGUUUUUUGUGGUUUCUUUUUUUUUUUAACUCCUCACCUGGGCUGACAACAGCACACCCUUACUAUAGGUCUUGCAGUGCAAAAUGAGUUAUUCAGCUGCACUGAGCCUAAGCAGCAGGUGUGUGCAGUGUGUAUGAAGAGCUGGGACACAUUCAGAGCAGCCUUUGGAGAUGCCAGGGAGCUCUGCCAGGCUUCUCUCAGCAGCUCCUGGUCCAGAGGGAAAGCUGCUUGGAGGGGUCUGUGCAGCAGGGGCUGCUCUGCCCCUCGGGUAAAUGGGGGGAGACGAUCUUCUGUAAGCAGGCAGAAGAGCUUGGGUCUUGUUUCUGCAGAGCCAGGAAUACUCCCCAGGGUAUUUCCUUUAGCAGAGGUGCUGCUCAGUUCUUGGGAGGUCUGGCUUGGAGGUUGAAUCCCACUGGAACAUACCCACCACACGCUGCUGAAGGAAUUCCAUUAACAUUUUAAUAAAAAUGAAUAUCACAGGUUACAUGAAACUUUGUACAGACAAUCUCUGCAUAGUAACAAACACUGAUGUACUUGAAUUUUAAAAAAUGGAUUAUCUAUAAUCCUUUAAAGUGCAAUUUGUUUAAGGUUUUAAAUCAAAAAGGAUCUUGCAAUAAAGUUUAAAUGAUAGAAUUAA